AUGUCGGCCAAGGCGAUUUCCGAGCAGACAGGCAAAGAACUCCUCUACAAGUACAUCUGCACCACCUCGGCCAUCCAGAACCGCUUCAAGUACGCCCGGGUCACCGCUGACACAGACUGGGCCCACCUGUUGCAGGACCACCCGUGGCUGCUCAGCCAGAGCUUGGUAGUCAAGCCAGACCAGCUGAUCAAACGGCGUGGAAAGCUGGGCCUAGUUGGGGUCAACCUCACUCUGGAUGGAGUCAAGUCCUGGCUGAAGCCACGCCUGGGACAGGAGGCUACAGUUGGCAAGGCCACAGGCUUCCUCAAGAACUUCCUGAUCGAGCCCUUUGUCCCCCACACUCAGGAAGAGGAGUUCUACGUCUGCAUCUAUGCUACCCGGGAAGGGGACUAUGUCCUGUUCCACCAUGAGGGUGGGGUGGACGUGGGCGACGUGGAUGCCAAAGCCCAGAAACUGCUCGUCGGCGUGGAUGAGAAGCUGAAUCCCGAGGACAUCAAGAAACACCUGCUUGUCCACGCCCCCGAAGACAAGAAAGAAAUUCUGGCUAGCUUUAUCUCCGGUCUCUUCAAUUUCUAUGAGGAUCUGUACUUCACCUACCUCGAGAUCAACCCCCUUGUUGUGACCAAAGAUGGCGUCUACGUCCUUGACUUGGCUGCCAAGGUGGAUGCCACUGCUGACUACAUCUGCAAAGUGAAGUGGGGUGACAUAGAGUUCCCACCCCCCUUUGGGCGGGAGGCUUACCCAGAGGAAGCCUACAUUGCAGAUCUGGACGCCAAAAGUGGGGCAAGCUUGAAGCUGACUUUGCUGAAUCCCAAGGGGAGAAUCUGGACCAUGGUGGCCGGAGGGGGUGCCUCUGUCGUGUACAGUGACACCAUCUGCGACCUGGGGGGUGUCAACGAGCUGGCGAACUACGGGGAGUACUCGGGCGCCCCCAGUGAGCAGCAGACCUAUGACUAUGCCAAGACGAUUCUCUCCCUUAUGACCCGCGAGAAGCACCCAGAUGGCAAGAUCCUCAUCAUUGGAGGCAGCAUCGCAAACUUCACCAACGUGGCUGCCACAUUCAAGGGCAUCGUGAGAGCAAUUCGAGAUUACCAGGGUCCCCUGAAGGAGCACGAGGUCACGAUCUUUGUCCGAAGAGGUGGCCCCAACUAUCAGGAGGGCUUGCGGGUCAUGGGAGAAGUCGGGAAGACCACUGGGAUCCCCAUUCAUGUCUUUGGCACCGAGACUCACAUGACGGCUAUCGUGGGCAUGGCCCUGGGCCAUCGGCCCAUCCCCAAUCAGCCGCCCACAGCAGCCCACACCGCAAACUUCCUCCUCAACGCCAGCGGGAGCACUUCAACUCCGGCCCCCAGCAGGACGGCAUCUUUUUCUGAGUCCAGGACUGAUGAGGUGGCACCCGCCAAGAAGGCCAAACCUGCCAUGCCCCAAGAUUCAGUCCCAAGUCCAAGACCCCUGCAAGGAAAGAGCGCCACCCUCUUCAGCCGCCACACCAAGGCCAUCGUGUGGGGCAUGCAGACCCGGGCUGUGCAGGGCAUGCUGGACUUUGACUACGUCUGCUCCCGCGACGGGCCCUCGGUGGCCGCCAUGGUCUACCCUUUCACCGGGGACCACAAACAGAAGUUUUACUGGGGUCAUAAGGAGAUCCUGAUCCCCGUCUUCAAGAACAUGGCUGAUGCCAUGAAGAAGCACCCGGAGGUGGACGUGCUGAUCAACUUCGCCUCCCUGCGCUCAGCCUACGACAGCACCAUGGAGACCAUGAAUUACGCUCAGAUCCGGACCAUCGCCAUCAUAGCCGAAGGCAUCCCUGAGGCCCUCACGAGGAAGCUGAUCAAGAAGGCGGAGCAGAAGGGAGUGACCAUCAUUGGACCUGCCACUGUUGGUGGCAUCAAGCCCGGGUGCUUUAAGAUCGGGAACACUGGCGGGAUGCUGGACAACAUCCUGGCCUCCAAGCUGUACCGCCCAGGCAGCGUGGCCUACGUCUCACGUUCGGGCGGCAUGUCCAACGAGCUCAACAAUAUCGUCUCUCGAACCACGGAUGGCGUCUACGAGGGUGUGGCCAUUGGUGGGGACAGGUACCCCGGCUCAACGUUUAUGGAUCAUGUCUUACGUUAUCAGGACACUCCAGGAGUCAAAAUGAUUGUGGUUCUCGGAGAGAUAGGGGGCACGGAGGAGUAUAAGAUCUGCCGGGGCAUCAAGGAGGGCCGCAUCACCAAGCCUGUGGUCUGCUGGUGCAUCGGGACCUGUGCCACCAUGUUCUCCUCCGAGGUCCAGUUUGGCCACGCUGGAGCUUGUGCCAACCAGGCUUCCGAAACUGCAGUUGCCAAGAACCAGGCCUUGAAGGAGGCCGGAGUGUUUGUACCCCGGAGCUUCGAUGAGCUUGGAGAAAUCAUCCAGUCCGUGUACGAGGAUCUCGUGGCCAGAGGAGUCAUUGUACCUGCUCAGGAGGUGCCGCCCCCCACGGUGCCCAUGGACUACUCUUGGGCCCGGGAGCUGGGCUUGAUCCGCAAACCUGCCUCGUUCAUGACCAGCAUCUGUGAUGAGCGAGGACAGGAGCUCAUCUACGCAGGCAUGCCCAUCACCGAGGUCUUCAAGGAGGAGAUGGGCAUUGGUGGGGUCCUCGGCCUCCUCUGGUUCCAGAAAAGGUUGCCCAAGUACUCCUGCCAGUUCAUUGAGAUGUGCCUGAUGGUGACGGCUGAUCACGGGCCUGCCGUCUCUGGGGCUCAUAACACCAUCAUCUGUGCUCGGGCAGGCAAGGACCUGGUCUCCAGCCUCACCUCGGGACUGCUCACCAUCGGCGACCGGUUUGGGGGUGCCCUGGAUGCAGCAGCCAAGAUGUUCAGCAAGGCCUUUGACAGCGGCAUCAUCCCCAUGGAGUUUGUGAACAAGAUGAAGAAGGAAGGAAAGCUUAUCAUGGGCAUUGGUCACCGAGUGAAGUCGAUCAACAACCCAGACAUGCGCGUGCAGAUCCUCAAAGAUUAUGUCAGACAGCACUUCCCUGCCACCCCCCUGCUCGACUACGCACUGGAAGUAGAGAAGAUUACCACUUCCAAGAAACCAAACCUUAUCCUGAAUGUAGACGGUUUAAUUGGAGUCGCAUUUGUAGACAUGCUUAGACACUGCGGGUCCUUUACUCGGGAGGAAGCUGAUGAAUAUAUUGACAUUGGAGCCCUCAACGGCAUCUUUGUGCUGGGAAGGAGUAUGGGCUUCAUCGGACACUAUCUUGAUCAGAAGAGGCUGAAGCAGGGGCUCUACCGUCACCCAUGGGAUGAUAUUUCUUAUGUUCUUCCGGAACACAUGAGCAUGUAA